AUGGCUUUCGCGUUUGGAGAUUCUUACUUGAAGCUUCCACCAAUAAGCCAAGAAGGUUCCGUUGAAAUCGACGGCGAAGACUCCAAGAGAAAUUUGGGGAUCGUCCGCGAUAAACAUGGCCUUGUGCGACUUCCUCCUAUCGUGCGAUUGGAUUCACUUCGCUCCACAUCAACCGCUCAAAGGUUUCGGAACGAAACGUCAACCGCAGCUUCAAGCGAAAAGACCGAAGUUGCGAUGUCAAGAUCACCAAUGAAAAUAACAGACAAAAUGGGGGGCUUGAGACUCCAAGGACGUUCGAAAAAACUAAAAAAAUACGACAACAAGAGCGAGGAUGAAAUGAAAUUAAUUAUGGAAGCAGCUGUCAAGGAAACCAAUGAAGACGAAACAAGUUUUUUCGACAGCGAAAAUGUUUCACACGAAAAAGAGAGGGCAGGUUGCCAACGGUUAGGUUCUAGCUCCGCUUUGUUAUCAUUGACUGGUAAUGGAGAACUUCUCCCUGCACACAAAGAUUCAAUCUUGUCCCGCCGGGGAAGCAGCACUUUUCAAACUACGAAGAAAUUGACGAGAUCGCGCAGGCUGGCAAAAUCUUCGCCCGAGUUAUCUAAUAGAAAGAAAAAUAUGCGGCUGCUCGCCGACGGAAAUAUCAGCGAGCAUUCGUUAUCUUCUCUCGCAGCAAGGUCUAUGCCGGUUGUCCGAUCCGACCCCUCAAGCCGUCCACAGCUCGCGGUUCAGGACAUCGACGGAUCAAAGCUCUCUCAAGUACAGAAUUACGCUAAGAUUGAGGAAAAAGCAAAAGAGUACGGCGGGAAACGCAGAAAUCACAGUAAUCAACGGUGGAAGAUUGAUGUUGCAAAUUUACCACAGAGCACCCUGAGUUCACCGGUUUGCAGUGAAUCUGCUAACUCAGAGAUCAAGCAAAAGGUCGAAAGUCAUUAA